UACUGUCUGGCGGCUGCUGCUCAGACAGAAAACAGAAAAGAGUUGAGUGAGCCGGGAGGGGCUCCUUUAAGGAAUAUUGCCAUUGCCGGCAUUCCAACAAUCUAGAAUUCUGGUAUCCGCGGUCUAUCAGUCCAGUAGAAUUUUGGGAUCCGGGUUAUCAGUCCGUUCCGUUUAACCGGAUUGCACUGAAUACUGGCUGCAAAGAGAAGCACUGAUUUUGCACCGGACCCCCUGCUCCUUACUAGUCCCACCCUCCUUCCUUAGUUUUUCCCCCCUUUGUCUGAUCAUCCUGAUCCCUGGCUAACCAGACUGCGAAAUUUCAAAGAUGCCAAGCUCACUUUUUUCCGACAUGGAGAGGAACGGAAGCAACGGGGAGACCCUCGAUGACCAAAGAGCCCUGCAGAUAGCAUUGGAGCUUUCUUUGCUGGGUUUGGACAACGAUGACAGUUCCGUCUACGAUAACGAACCGAGAAGAAAGAGCGUGAACAUGACCGAGUGCGUCCCGGUUCCAAGCUCGGAGCAUGUAGCCGAAAUUGUCGGAAGGCAAGGAUGUAAAAUCAAAGCUCUCAGAGCUAAGACCAACACCUAUAUCAAGACCCCAGUGCGUGGGGAUGAGCCAGUCUUUGUUGUGACCGGCAGAAGGGAAGAUGUAGCAAUGGCCAGGAGGGAAAUCAUCUCAGCCGCAGAACAUUUCUCCAUGAUCCGAGCCUCCAGGAAUAAAAACAGCAGCUUAAACGGGGCUGCCACAGUCCCGGGGCCACCCAACCUCCCUGGGCAGACCACCAUCCAGGUGCGGGUGCCCUACAGAGUGGUGGGGCUGGUGGUGGGACCCAAGGGGGCGACCAUCAAACGCAUCCAGCAGCAGACACACACCUACAUCGUCACUCCGAGCAGGGAUAAAGAGCCAGUCUUUGAGGUCACGGGCAUGCCUGAGAAUGUGGACCGAGCCCGGGAGGAGAUCGAAGCACACAUCGCCGUGCGCACCGGGGGUCUGAUCGAGCUGACAGACGAGAACGACUUCCACGCCAAUGGCACCGAUGUGGGAUUUGAGCUCCAUGGCCCAGGUAGCCUGUGGAGUAAGCCCACGCCCAGCAUGACCCCCCAUGCAGGGCGCAAGCCUUUCUCCAACUACCGUAAUGACAGCUCCAGCUCUCUGGGCAGUGCCUCCACAGAUUCCUACUUUGGGAACAACAGCAGUUCCAGGCCGGCAGAUUACAGCCCGCCAAGCCCUGCCUUGAGCUACACCGCUUCAAGCAAUGGCAACCACAACAACAACAACAACAACAACAACAAUAACGUCAACAUCAACGUUAACGUCCAUGGCAAUGGGAAUGGAUUUAUCUAUGGGAGUGAUGUCAUUUCCCCAGAUUGCACUGACUUGGCCUUCGACUCCCCACCAGGGUUUGACCCCGCACCUGCCCCGCCCGGGUCAACCCCGAUCUGGUCCCAGUACGAACGCAACGUGGCCACUUCUACCACCAUCACCACCACCACUGCCAUCUACCCAACCAGUGCUUCCACUAACACCAAUGGGAUCAUUGCGAACCAGAGACGGGUGAACGGUGUGGGGUGCACCGCCAAGCCUCGGCUCUCCCCGCCCUUGCAGCACGUCACCGGGCUUGCAGAGCAUCCUCUGGCACGCAGAGUGCGUAGUGAUCCCGGAGGUGGAGGCCUCAGCUUCCCUGGCUAUACCAGCAACGGGCUUUCCAGUGGCAUUGCCUCUCUCUCGGGGUCCCCCUUGUCUGGGGUCCCCUCUGAUUCCUCUUCUUCGAGCUCUUCAUCCAGCUCCUCCUCUACCUCGUCUGGUACAGGGAGGAAGGGCAGCCGGGAUUGCUCGGUUUGCUUUGAGAGCGAAGUGAUCGCGGCCCUGGUCCCGUGUGGCCACAACUUGUUCUGCAUGGAAUGUGCGAACCGCAUCUGUGAGAAAAACGAGCCCAAAUGCCCUGUCUGCCACGCUGCAGUUUCUCAGGCUAUACGUAUAUUUUCAUAAAAUAUAAAAAGAGAACAAUGUUGUUGUACUGCAUUAUAAUGAUAUAAUAACCAAUAUAUAUAUAUAAAUAUAUAAAGCUGCAGUAUCCAAAAAGGGACACAACUUUUCAGGACUUUGUUGCCUUUGUUUUUAAUGUACUGUAGCUUGGGGAAAAAAUCUCUAACAUCUAGUGCAUGCUGCAAAUAAUAAAGAUUAGUAAAUUAUAGUAAUAGUGAAUUUUACAAUAUAUUUAUAAAGUUCCAAAAAGUGAAGUCGUGAAUGAGGUACUUAAGUCCUGCAAUGUACAGACUGUUAGUUGAAUGGGGCUUCUGAUAUUGGAAACGUGCUAAUUGCAGAGCAAAUUGUUGGGUGCUUUGAAAAAAGGCAAGAAGUUCCUGUGGAAAAUGUAAAUGGGGGGAAAAAGUGAUACUGCAGCUUUAGCAAAAAAACAAAACAACAUAUCUUAUAUAUAUAUUAAAAAAAAAAAAAAAAAAUUCACAAGUUUAGCGUUUUAACGAUAAAUUGCAUUAAUACAGAUUGAAGUAUUUUAUUCUUUUUUGACUUGAAAGAUUAUAUUUCGUAUUGCAAAGAUGUUUACAGGUAUUUUAAUUUAAGUUCAGUGAACUUUUUUGUAGCUGGGUUAAAAAAAUAAUCUUUUUUUUAUUAUUUUUUAGUAUGGCCUUUGGGCAAAGAACACUGUAUUAUUUUAAUAUCACACAACUGUGGAUGGAAAUACAAGCCACACAAUGUGUGUUGCAUUAAACAGUAUUCUGUUGGGAUGGAGGGUUUUAUAGGUUUUGCAAAAAAAAAAAAAAAAAAAAAAAAGAAAGUCUUUUAAAUCUGCUUCACCCAGCAUAUUUUUUAUUCCGUGAUAUAAAGCAUAUUUUAUUCUAUAUUAUUACAAAAAUGAAAAUGUAUAAAACUUAGUAAGUCAAACAAAAGGAACUGUUUAUGCUUUUUAACAUUUGUACAAAUUAGAUUUCAGUGGAAAUUACAGAAUUCCUUUGCACCACUCUAGUUUUCGUAUUUCUAUUUUAAUACAUUUGUUUACCACUUGUUAAUGUAUAUGUAAGUGAAGUUACUUGAGUGUAAUUGUACUUUAUUGAGCAAAGUUUAAAAACAAAGUAUAUUUUAUUUUAUGAUAAAGGGCCUUUAACCUCAUGGUCAAAUACUAAUAUUAUAUUUGCUGAAACAAGAUUUGAAAUUGUAUCAAGAGUUUUAUUUUUCUGACGUUUUAAAGUUCUACAUAAUAAAGGUAAAAGUAAGUAAUGGUGCUACUUCAUGUUUUUUUAAGUAUUUCUAUAUAAAUCUAAUAAAGAUGGUACAUAAAGUGAACGU